AUGAAGAUGCCAGAUGCACCGUCGCAUCGGUUGUGUUUCCUGUUUUUUGCAUCGUAUUUCUGUGUCGGCACGGUGGCAGAGGUCUCCAUGUGGAACGUGGAGAUCAACUCGACACAAGAUGUUGUGUUUCGGAAGACGCUGUACACCAACACCACCAUAUUCAUGAAGUUCCAGGGUGACACGACAACAUGUGAUAAAAGCCUGGCCUUUAACAUCAGCUGGUACCUGCGCUCCUCUGUUUGCUACAAUGAGGUCUUCAACACACCCGACAUCAAAGCCAUGAACAUGUUUGGUAUGGACCACAUGUUGAAAGACGGCUGGAGUGGCUUCUACAGUCAGGGCUACACGUACUUCGACAACUGCUCCGCCCUCUUCUUACCGAAGGUUUAUUAUAACGACUUCAACCCAUAUCAGCCCCUCACUAGCCCAAAGAGCGACCCUUCGAAUCAGAGCUAUAUUUGGCCGGACAAGCCGGAUAUCAGCGCCGUGGCCAAAUCUUGGAAGGACAGUCCGUAUCUGUUCAUCGUGAAGGUUCAGCCGUUGUUCCGCGGAGGCGAGGAUGACGACAUCGGGGCCGAGCAGCUCAGCUUCGCGUUUACAAUGAAAGUUGAGAUGAAGGGACCACAUGACUACUCUUCUCCAGCAGACUGGCCCCUGAUGAUGUUCUUCAUGGUCAUGUGCAUUGUGUACGUGCUGUUCGGGGCUCUCUGGCUCUUCUGGUGUGCCUGCUAUUGGAGGGAUCUGCUGCGGAUCCAGUUCUGGAUCGGUGCCGUCAUCAUCCUCGGCAUGCUGGAGAAAGCUGUGUUUUACUCCGAAUAUCAGAGCAUCCGUUACAAAGGAGACUACGUUCAAGGGGCUGUGAUUUUCGCUGAGCUGCUUUCUGCACUUAAAAGAUCUCUGGCCCGAAUCCUGGUCCUCAUCGUCAGUCUUGGCUAUGGCAUCGUCAGGCCCAGGUUAGGGACCACAGUUCACCGGCUGGGAGCUGUUGGGCUCCUCUACCUGCUCUUCUCCUCUGUGGAAGGUGUGCUAAGAGUGACGGGUGGUUUCUAUGGGACGGUCGCCCUGGUGGCCAAUCUCAGCCUCUCCCUCAUUGACUCCUGCGUCAUGUGGUGGAUUUUCAUCAGUCUGUCUCAAACCACCCGUCUCCUGAAGCUCCGCAGGAAUAUCGUGAAACUGUCGCUGUAUCAGCACUUCACCAACACCCUCAUCUUCUCUGUGGUCGCUUCUAUCAUAUUCAUCAUCUGGACCACCAAAGUCUUCAAGCUGGUCGACUGCCAGAGGGGUUGGAGGGACUUGUGGGUAGACGAUGCCUUCUGGCGUCUCCUGUUCUCCACCAUCCUGCUGGUCAUCAUGGUGCUGCUGCGGCCUUCUGCGAACAACCAGAGGUUCUCCCAUUCUCCUCUGAUUGAUGAAGAUGAUGACGAGGAAGAGGCCAAGGAGCCAAUGCUGAGUGAAGCUUUUGAGGGAAUGAAGAUGAGAGGAUCAAAGCCGGACUCUAAUGGCUCCCAGAAACUGUUGAGUAAAGAGGAUGAAAACCUAAAAUGGGUUGAGGAAAACAUUCCGACAACUGUUGCUGAUGUAGCUCUUCCUGUAAUGCUCGAUGAAGAAGAGGAAAUCCUGAAAACCAAGCUGGAGAGAUCCAAAAUGGAGUAGAACGUGAAGAAGAUGACGCGAGAAUGAAAAGAAAGCAAUUUCACUGAAGGCAGCGACGAAUGCGUUCCGAGUGAUCCGAUUACCAAAAACAAAAAAAAGAUGUGUGCAAACCCAACAGUUCUCUCCAGACAUUUUACAAUUUUUGUUAUGCAACACCAAAAAGCUCAAAGAAGCUGGAAUAGUGCGUUUCUAUCGAGGCACGAUUGCGCAACGCCUAGUUGGAUGGGUUGGCAAUAACACAGAAGAGCACUUUGAUAAAUAUUGUAUUUCUUUCAAACAUGUUUCUUUAAUUUCGACCAUGAAGCAGAAAAUAGGCAAUUUUUACACAAUGCCCUUGUGGAAAAUAGAAUAUUUAUCAACAUCGUGUUUUAUUGUUUUAGAACAAUAUUUAAGUUUUUCCACACGUUUCAAAUUGCAAAAGCCUGAUGAGUCAAAUUCUUUGGACUUUGAGGACUGAUUUUAAAUCUGGUCGUGAUGAUGAUGAUUUGGCGUUUCUCUCGGCCGAGAAGUCGGAUCGUCAUCCGACUGGAAAUGAGGGCUGAACAUGCAAAGUGUUCUUGUGCGUAAUAUUUAAAGCAACACGGCUUCGGACACUUGAACUCAAGGUUCUCUCCAGAGAUGUGCUGUGUACACUGUAAAAUAUAGGGUAACAAAUAUGUUUUCAACAGGUGUUUUAUUGCAUUACAUAUCUAAUGGGUCACAUGAUCACCUGCAUUUAAUACAUAUAAAUAAAUAGGCGACUGUAUGGUGUGAUGAACCAUUUAGCCAGAUAAGAAAUCAAUGAUAUUACCUAAUCAGAGCUAAUUUCUUUUGGUUGCACCAACAAAUGAUACACGUCUUAUUGUUCACACACGACUAACACGUUGUCCGAGUAACCCUCGGUAACUUAAUGUUACUCCAUGUAAACACGGCUGCAUCGGCGAAUAUCGAUACUUGAAGCAUAUCACAGUUGUCGGGUAGAAACGUGCUACCUUUGUGUUUCGGGGGAUCCUCGAGUUAACAAGAACACAACCGUUUUCUGGGCUGGAAGAAUGUAACGUAUACGAUCGUAGACACAGCGUCAUCGGGAGUGUUCGUAUUGUACGCCCAAGAGUUGCACCACAUUACUUCUCUUAGAUCUUCACACAGAUCAGUUCAAGCAACUGAAACUAUGACUCCUAAUAUUUGUGAUUUUCAAGCUUUUGCUGACAAGCGAAAGACUGCUUUGUCCUCGGCGAGUUGGGAAAAUGUAUGACACUGAUUAAAAACAUUUUCCAGACCCGUUUUCACACAGAAGUAGCCAUGAGGAUAGAUUUAAGGAUAUUUAUUAUAACAUAUUUAGCUUCUCACAUAACAUUAGCGUUAGGUCCACUUCAUGUCAUCAACGUGAAGACUGAAUCACAGAAACCAUUAAUAAGCUUCACGAAUGGUUUGGGCCUAAAUUCAAGUAUAUGUUUGAUUGACUGAAUGUAUGUCAUUAUUUUCUAAGAUCCUCAUCCAAAUUCAGUAGCACAGGGUAAAUGCUAAAUGAUAAAUUUCAUUUCCCUUCCAUUACAGAUUCCUUUGAGCUUAUCCCAUUCACACUGCAAGUAAUCUCGCCUGAUGUGGCAGAUUUAUAUCCCCGUCCUUGUGCACUCUACUGCAGUAUGUGUGGAUAUUCUAAAUUACUUAAUUUAUGUUUUUUUUUUUUUAUAUUUGUCAAAGUGUUGUUGAGGAUAACUUAUUUUUAAGAGAAUGAAGCCCACUUUCUGGAUGUGAGUGCAUUGUAAUGCGAAGCUGAUGAUAUUGUAUGGUUUUUUGCGUAUGUCCUGCAAAUAAAAUUUAUAUUGAAACCAGA